CUGUUAUUUUUGAUGACGAUAGGUAGGCCUUUUCGUCUCUAUAAAAUAACAGGAAACUAGUAACUAAUCCAAGAACCCCUGCCCUAGACAGACAAAAAUCGAAAAAUCUUUGUCAUAUCGCCGGUCCUCUCAUUUGUACCGCUGAUAACGCGGCUCGGUAGCACACGUCAACGCCGAGCCACCGGUCCCAAAAAUUGACCCAGUUCAAUCAGUUCUUAUCAGAUCUUGGCCCGUGAACGUGUGUUCAUCCGAGUUUUGCUCAAAAACUGCAAACCAUCAGUCAUGGAGAUGCCGAAAUCUUCCAAAAAUCCGCUGUUGGAACUCGCCGGUGAAUCACUGCUGGAAAGGCUAAAAGAAUUUAAGGAUAACAAAAAAAAGUCACGUGACUCGUGCGAUCAAAAGUUGCUGGACGAAGUUACAAGUGGAGAGCUGAUCAGUGUAAAAUCGAAAGAGUCCGAGGACAAGAAUCCCGGACGAGAGCUGAUUCGCUACCAUUCGGUAGUGGAUUUGGACGACGACUUGGGGGAUGAUUUCAGUAGCUGUGCGGAUUCGGUUGAUUUGAAAGGACCUGCCGGAACAGGAACGUUGCAACAGGUUGGAUUGCAAAAUAAGCCUAAUAUUAAAUCAUCAUCCUCAAAAGUAGAUUCAUCUUCAGCUGCUUGUACAAACCAAAGCACGGCAAACCAGGAGCUAUCCAACUUUGUCCAGAAGAAAUCAAUCGCACAGGGCAUGAUGGAUCUGGCCCUGGUGUCGGCCAACACCAAUCAGCUGCGCUACGUCAUGGACAUCGGUGACAAGCAUCCGUAUUACUACACCAGCAUUGGGCUGAUCCUCACCAGCCUGGUGAUGCAGCUAAUCGUGGGCCUUGCACUGCUCUACAACAGCAGAUUCAACAUUCGAAAACGGCAAGAGAUGCAGUCAGCCGAUCGGAUCAACGAUUUCUCCGUGAUCGGGGUGUUUCUGAUCACGCUCAUCAACGUGUUCAUCUCGACGUUCAACGGGUCAAACUCGGGGCCAUACGCCGGCGAGGUGAUCCCAAUGUCGUCCGAUGUCACCAGCCCGUUGCCGCCGCCGCCGACGACGGAUGUAGGAAGUAUUCUCAACGCAACCUUUGUCGGGGGUAGCUAAUCGUUCUGGUGAAGACUUCCGUGAAGCCAAGCUUGCUAGUGGGGUAGUGAAUUGUAUGCAAAGUUUGCGGAAAAGAGCAAUUCUCUAGGAAAUAAGAAUUAAUGUUUAAUAACUUUUUUGUACAUUCCAAAUUAAUCAGCAUAAAUUAAACUAAUCGUCAAAAUCGAAGAUAGAAAAAAAUAACAAAAAAAUAAAUUACUGAGGUUUUCUAGAGAACUGCUCAUAUGCAGAUUAUCGCACCAAAAUCUCGUGAGGAAAACAUUAACCCACGUGGUGAUGAUGACAGGGGCGGCAAUCCUUGAACGUGUCUCGAAAUUUAUGAACCAGAUCCAAAUAUUUACUGACUGUCAACAAAAAAGUUUGAGCAGCAGCAUGCC